AUGGCGGCCAUUUCAAGAAGAGAGAAGUUCGUGGCAAUUUCCCAGUCUUUCAGAUCUCGUCUGGAGGAAGUGAAUUGUCCAUUUGUUGAAGAUGUCGAUGAUUCAUGGAUUAUGGAACAUAUAUUCACACCUGGUGAGCAACGCAUCAGAUUGCUGCAGUGGCUUUUUAGUAGAUUUGAUCCACACCUCACUGAACUUUUCGAUUCUCAGUGCAUACCAUCAGAUACUAAAAUAGAUUCCAGAUUACAAAGAUUGCUGUAUGUGUCAUCAAUAUUAGGUCUAUGUAAUCCAAAUGAUGUUGAACUUGUACGGGGUAAUACAUCCAAGUCCAAACAGAUUGACUUCAUAGAUCAGUUAAUAGAUAUGGUAUAUAUAUCAGAGACAUCUGAAGAUGUGUCCAAGAGGGCAAUGAGUAGCCCUGGUCUAAUCGAUGAAUCAGUGAGUUUGCCCGAGCAAGUGAACCAUGACUGUAAUCUUCUGGAAACCAUUGUCAGACAAGAAAAUAUGAAUGCAUUGUUUUCCGUUAAAACUUCAUUACUGCCUCCAGAUCUAACGAAAAACAUGAGAACGUCCAUGAAGGAACUAGGAUAUGGACCAGAUCAAAGAUACGAGCUUCCCCAGACAUACAAGUUAGAAUGUCUUUCAGAAGAGCUGGCUAAACAGUUGAUCAGAUCAACUGCACAUUUAAAAGAACUUCAUGCAUGUCCUGAAUACGAUGAAAGCGUUGUCAAGAAAGUCAUAAAAACUACCGAAUUGGUGUCAUCUGAGCUGGCACAGCUAGUAACUGGAUUCACCUUCACAUUUGAGAACGAGAUGAGACCGUGGUGUGGCCGAUCACCGCCCAUUUUAAGUGAUAUUGGGGUCUCAUUUAAACGAGUUUAUACACUUCUUCAGAACUUUAUGCAAACCUUACAAAGUUUCUCCAUGAUAAAGACAUCAGUUAACAGUAUUUUGAAAUCACAGAAGGAUGUGGACAUCCCACAAGAAGCUGAAAUGAUUGAUCGUUUCAAGGAGUGUGUUCAGAUUUUAAAUGAUUUAUCCAGCAGUCAACAGGAAAAGAGGUACUGAAGAUAUAGGAGAGAGUGACCACUGGUACCUACUUACAAGGGUAUCCCAUAAUAAGAAUGGCUGCAGAAUGUACCCCUCUCUUGCUAGCCAGUGGGAUGCCUUAGUCAACUAAGAGCAACAUCUCAAACCAUCCAAUAAUUUGACAACCAUUCAUAUUUCAAUAAAUUUCCCAGAUGCUAAAUAUA